ACAGCUUCCGCUUGCAUGCCGCCUGGCGCCGGCUGUGCGUCACUGUCAUCUCAUGUCAAUCCAAGCAGUGAUGGCGGAGGUGGACGAAACCGACAUUAUGAUGAACUACCAGGGAGAUUUCAUGAAAAGCGACAGAAAAAACAGCCGCUACCCGUACUGCAUUGUCUGGACGCCUAUUCCUAUUUUAUCGUGGGUGUUCCCCUUCAUUGGUCACAUGGGUAUAUGCACCUCUUCUGGAAUAAUACGAGAUUUUGCAGGAUCAUACUUUGUCUCGGAGGACAACAUGGGCUUUGGUAGACCAACAAAAUAUUGGAAGCUUGACGUGGACAAAGUGUGUGGCAGUGGUGCUGCUACAUGGGACAAAGCAGUGCUUGAUGCAUCUGAGGAAUACAAAUGUAGGCCGCACAACCUGUGCUUAGAUAACUGCCAUUCCCACGUUGCUAUGGCACUCAACCUAAUGCGAUAUGACAACAGCACAUCAUGGAACAUGGUGAACCUGUGUGUGCUGUCUCUUCUUCGUGGGAAACAUGUUAGCUGGGCAGCGUUCCUCAAGACCUGGCUACCCUUCUUCAUGCUCUGCGGAGUCCUCGGCACGUUCAUCCUGACGUUCAACCUGUAGUGUAGCGGAGCCGAGCAGCCAUAGACUCUGGUUAUACUUCAUGCACUGUUAUUGGCUCUCGACAUGAAUGACGGUGAUGUGUUUUGAUGGGAUAUUUGUUUGUUUAAAUCAGGGGUCCCCAAACUUUUUUUUUCGGUGGGGGCCACAUCAGCUUUUCUUCCUGUGAUGGGGGGCCGGGGUCAGUCUAUAACAGUAGUUCUCAACCUUUUUGAGUCGCGACCCCCAAUUUAAUAUUCAUGUUGUCCGCGACCCCCGUUCACUGAACAGAAUCUCACACGCACAGUUCAGAUCACAAAAUAACCAAAAAAAGACACAAAAUGACAAAAAAAGAGACGAAAUGACACAAAAAAAGACACAAAAUGACCAAAAAAGACACAAAUUGACCACAAAAUUAAAAAAAAAGACACAAGAUGAUCAAAAAAAGACACAAAAUUACCAA